AUGCGCCGCCGCCUUGUCUCUGUCCUCACUCCCACGGGCGCGCACACGCAGGCCAGCGCACUUGGACGCUUCAACGCUUCGACGCUUAACCGCCUCCGCCUCCGCCUCAACACCGACAGCACUUGGUGCUCGCCACUCCUCCCCCCUCACCCUCCCUUCGGUCCACGCCCCGAGAGCUUUGCGUCGCCUUUGAUGGGCUUGCAGGAUCCGCAGCUUGCAGACGCACACGAGCUCCCAACCUCCUCCUCCUCCUCCUCCUCCUGCUCGCAGUCCGUCGGCGUCGCUUCCUCCGAAUCGUCCAUAGAUCCCUCACAGCAGCAGUCCGCACCAGCAUCGUCACCGCCUUUGCCCUCCGCCACGCCGACGGGCUCAGAGGAGCAUCUCGGUUCAGAUAUUUCGGACGCACCUUUGCCUGCACUGGUGGCAGCGUCUGCUCCCCACCCGGCCCGCACCACCUCGAGCUCGUCGUCUCCAGCAGCAUCGACUGCCGACACCGCCUCACACUUCGCUGGCCCACCGAAUGUAGGCAGCCUAGCUAGCUCGAUUCCACCAUCCUCGCUUCGUCAGCGCAAGACUUUAACCCAAAAGCAGACGUCCGACGUGGCCGACGAUCAGACACAGGCGCUUGCUGGACAGGCCCAAGCACCGACCAGCAUGUUCGGCAGCACACCCACAGCCUCCUACCUGCCCAUCAACUCGCGGCAGGUGGGCAGCUCCACCUCCUCCCACCUGAUCUCCUGGAUCGCAAAGCACAAGAUGUUUGUCAUCUUUGUGCUCGUCGCGCUCAUCGUCUCGGCACAGGUGCUGCUCGUCGGACCUUUCGUCAUGGAUAUGGACCCGGUCAAAAAGUUCAAGGCAGAAGGCUGGCCCGCAUGGCAACCACCCAAAUGGCUGCGCCCAAAGCCUGAGUCGCCCGACUCGUGGUAUCCCUCUUCUACCGCAAACCUGUCUGACACGCUCGCCCUCGACACAGCAGCCGAGCUCGGUCCGGACUCCUUUCCUCCUCGCCUCAGCGAGGUCAGCUACAUCGGCACGCCGCCAACCCAGGCCUCGCUGUACAAGGACACCAACCCGCAUCGCGGCGAGCUGCCCGCCUAUCUGGAAAGCCUCCUAGAUCGCGAUCCCGUGCUCCAGCCGCCCCCCUGGCCACACAAGGCCCCCUCCAUCACCCCAGAGAUCUGGACAACACGCGUCUGGAACGAUCAAUCCAGGUCCGACGCUGCCGAUGCAAACCAUCCCGACAAGCAGCCACAAGAGCCCGACUGGCGCAAGGCCCCUUGGGACGGCUGGAAGCCCCCCGUCCAAGAACUCUCCACCGCUCCCAAGCCGCUUCCCAAGGUGCAGCAUGCCUUUGAGGAUCCCGCGCGUCAUUCGGGUCGCCGCAACGAUCCAUCCCGAGACGAGCUCGUUGCACGUCGCCAGAAGCUGGUGCGCAAUGCCUUCAUCCACGCCUGGGAGGGCUACAAGAAGCAUGCAUGGGGCCACGACGAGCUUCGCCCUGUCUCCAAGAGCGCACAGGAUCCCUUCAAUGGAUGGGGUGCCAGUAUCGUUGACGCCCUCGACACGCUGCUCGUCAUGGGUCUCCCCAAGGAGUACGAUCUGGCAAGGCAGCACGUGCGCGACAUUGACUUCCGCCUCGUCGGAGGCGAUCGCAGCGCAUACGGCAACGCCGACGGUCGCAUCCCCGUCUUUGAGACCGCCAUUCGCUACCUCGGCGGCUUUGUCUCAGCAUACGACCUGAGCGGUGACGUGCUCAUGCGCGAUCGCGCAGAGGAGCUCGCACAGCUCAUCCUCCCUGCCUUCGACACGAUCACUGGCGUGCCUGCAGGGCGCAUCCGCAUGAUGGAGACGCCAGAACAUCCGUCCAGAAAGCCUCUCGACCAGUCGGGCAGCGUCAUCCUCGCCGAAGCAGGCAGUCUGCUCCUCGAGUUUACGCGGCUCUGGCAGGUCACCGGCAACCGCACCUACUUUGACCGCGUUCAGCGCACCACCGACUGGCUCGAUCGCAACAUGACCGCCGCCGGUCGCAUCGAGACUCUCUUCCCCAACAUGAUCUACCCGGAGCGCAACAUCUCGUACGGCACCAUCUCGUUUGGCGGCAUGGCCGACUCGUACUACGAGUACCUCAUCAAGGAGCAUCAGCUGCUCGGCGGACGUCUCGAGCAGUACAGCCGCAUGUACUCGGAUGCCAUCGAAGGCGCAAAGAAGCUGCUCAUCUCUCGCAUCGACACGGUGCCCGGCGUGAGCCUCAUGACCAUCGGCGAGCUCUCUGGCUCCAGAUACACCGCCAAGCUUGAGCAUCUGGCCUGCUUCAGCGGCGGUAUGCUUGGUCUCGGCUCGCGCAUUAUGACAGAGCGCGCCGACGAUAUCGACCUAGCCAGAGGCAUCACGGGAACGUGCUGGUGGUCCUACAACAGCUCGACGACAGGCAUCGGUCCCGAGAACCUCAUCUUCUACACCAACGAUGACGAUGACCGCUUCGAGCUCAUCAGCCUUCCCGAUGGGACGUCGCGACGAGGCAAGCCACGCGGCAAUCCGAUCGUCGGCGUGCGCAGCGUCCACACGAGCUACCUCAACCGACCCGAAACGAUCGAGUCGGUGUUCUACAUGUGGCGUAUCACGGGCGACCCGGUGUGGCAAGAGCGCGGAUGGCAGAUGUUUGCCUCGUGGGUGACGCACUGCAUGACUGACGUCGGCUUCAGCGCCAUCUACGACGUCAAUCGCUCGCCCGCCGACUGGUCCGACAGCAUGGAGAGCUUCACGUUCGCCGAGACGUUCAAGUACUACUACCUGCUCUUUUCGCCGCCCGAGCUCAUCUCACUCGACGAGUACGUCUUCACUACAGAGGCGCAUCCUCUGCUCGUGCCUAAGAAGGGCCAGUGGGCAAGGGCUGGGCAGGGCAGCAAGCGCUUCUGGGAACCUAGCGCGCCCGAGGAGUCGCACCUGCCAUCGCCGACUUCGGGGAUCUACUCGGGCGGCGAGCGUGGACAGGUGGGCGGGCUGACCAACAACCAGAAGCAGAUGCUCUGGACGCAGUGGCAGACCAAGAAUUCGGCGCUCAAGAUCCGCGACCUCAUCAAUGGCCUGGGCGGCGAGGCGCUCAAGAACAAGCUGCGCAGUCUGGUGGAGCGGGCGGAUCGAGCGACGUCGAGUGGUGAUGACACGCAGCCUGCCACUUCGUCUGACGAUGCCGAGACUGUCGGUUCUAGGGGUCCAGACCAACCGCAGGCGAGUCUAGAUACAACACCGGCGGAAUAUAGCGAAGACCGGCUGCUCGCUUCGGUCGCGGGGACGUCGGUCUACGCGGCGCAUGAUGGGACGCUCGAGGUCGAGUUCGAAGAGGGGACGGACGCUGCGACGCAGGAAGCGGUGAUGAAGCACCUCGAGUCGCACUACGACACCAUCGAUGCGGACUCGGCAGCGUCGUUGCUGCGCUCGAUCGAUGCGGUUCAAAACGCCGAUGCCGAAGCGCAGCGCAAGGCCGAGAUGGAGGCGUACAACCUCGCUCGCCUCCGGUCUAAGGGGUUUGCGCAGCAGAUCGACGCGGUGGUAGGGGAUAUGAGCGACCUUCGGAUCCAUGCGGCGCUGUCGCCGCGCGUUGCAGUGCUCUCGAGUCCCGAUGUGGACCGGGUGAUCCAGUUCAACGGCAUCCCGGAUCUGUCGACGCUGCUGCGGCCGUUCGAGUUCUCGGUGGAGCGGCUUUCGGUGCGCACCUCGCAGCUCGAGACGCGCGUGUGCGAUCGCUUCCCGCUCCGCUUCGAUCCGUACUCGAUAUUCAACGCUCAGGCUACGCGUGCGGUCAAUCCGGCCCUGUCCGAGGUGUCGCGGCCAUCGGUAGCGGGUCGGUCGGCAGAAGAGCUGCUCGACCAGGUCAACCAGCUGAUCGCCACCAACAUCAAGAAGUGGGAUGCUCAAGUACCCAGGCCGAACGCAGCUGGGCAGCAGCACGAGGCAGGAUCGGAGAAUGCGUCCGACGAGCUCGACGAAAAGGAAGCUGCAGGGAAAGCCUUGGAAGAAACGCUGGCCAAGCUGCAGCGAGGCUCGCUGGAAGAGACAACGCCGUGGUUCGCUGCCGUCCAGCAGCUGGUGUUCAGCCAAAGACCCGUUUGCAAGCACGAAACAUUCGGCCACCCUGUUGCGGUGCUUCUGGCGGUGUCGUCCGCAUCGCCGGAUCCGAUGAACGACUUUGCCAAGCUGUACGAAGUCACCUCGCAGGCGUCGCCGUUCCCCGCCCAGCCCUUCAUCAACACGGACGUGCUCAAGUACUACGUUCUCAUCCAUGACGUGCGCACGUCGGGCCCCGACCUUGGCAGCUCAAAGGAGAUGCUGGAGCAGAUCAAAAAGACGUACGGCCUGCACUGCUGCCUUCUGGCCAUCAACAGUGCACCGGAGGAACGGUCCGGUGCGCCCGCGGAGCUGGCUGCGCUUUGGUCGCCCUACCUGCCGACUUUGCCGACUUCGCCAAAUCCGAUGAGCCCACCGGGUGAUUCGACGCCCGCCAAGCUGGCUGCUGUCCUGGACGAGGAGGACGUGAAGCGGAUCAAAGGCUUCAUCCGCGAGUUGACCGCGCAGUCGAUCGUGCCGUUCAUGGAGCGCUACGUGCAGCACAUGGGCGAGCACCUGACCAACUCGCGCCGCGGACUGACCAACCGUCUCUUCGGUGCGUCGCGCAAGCUCUUUGGCGGCGUCAGUGUGGGUGGCUCGAGCGACAAGAGCGGCAGCGGCUCUUCGACGCCCGGCGGCCUGGCGACUUCCGGCGGGUACGAUGCGCAGAACGAGUGGUACCCGUACACCUCGAUCGAGGCGCAGACGCGGCGUCUGGCCGAUUUCGCCUUCACCAUCCGCGACUACAAGCUGGCUGCCUCCAUGUACGACUUGGGCCGCAAGGACUUUGCGGGCGACAAGGCGCAUCGGCACUCUGCAGCGGCGACCGAGAUGUUUGGACUGUCGCAUCUGAUGAUCAUGUACACGGCACGCAGUGCGCCCAUCGAUGUGGACAGCUACCUCGCGCAGGCGUGUCAGGAGUACACACUGCGGUCGGCGGCGCGUGCAGCGCCCGCGAUGGACGAGAACAACGCCCUGCGCGCCACGCUGCUGUACUACGAGGCCUACCGGAUGCUGGGCUAUCUGCGACCGGCUCCGGCGGGGCUGCUGCGCAUGUCGCAACGCUCGGACGAGGUGCUGGCGCCGCUGUUGCUGGAGCAGGCGGCGCUGGCGUGUUUGCAGCUAAGGCCGCGUGCGGCGCUGCGCAAGUACGCACUGCAUCUCGUCACGGCCGCGCACAAGUACCAGGCGUGCGGGCAGAAGGCGUUGUCGUUACGCUGCUAUGCAAAUGCUGCCAUCGUCUACCGCGACAAGGGCUGGACGCUGGUGGAGAACCACAUCGAACACGAGCUGGGCAUGCAGGCGUACAACGAUGGCGACUCGGACACCGCGCUCGCGCACCUCGUGCGGCUCGUGCGGCCCAGCGCCAACUCGAGUGCAGAGCACGACGCGUUCCUCAAAGCGGUCCAGACGGCGUACAAGUACUCGGGCCGCGCAGGCGAGCAGCCCGACUCCGAGCCAGGCGCGGCUGCAACCGCCUUGGCUCUGCCCGUACCCAUGUUCGAUGCGGCGUCGGCGUCGCUGCGCUUUGUGCCCGAGUCGAGCGCCUCGGCGACGUCGGCGGUGGACGAGGAAGUGUGGGAGCGGCUGGAGGAGCAACUGGUGGCGAGUGGGUUGGGCGAGCGAACGCAUGCGGACGGGUCGAAGAGCAGACGCAAGAGGCCGACGAGCAAAACGUCGACGCAGGCGAGGGAAGUGCCCCUCGGCCAGACGUUCUGGCUCGAGAUGGCACUGCACAAUCCGCUCGGCGUUGAACUUGCUGUCGACCACAUCCGCCCUGUGCUCAAGCACGACACUGCCGAACCAGACGAUUUCAGCGAUUUGGAGACGGAGGAUCCGGGGCGGAUGGUGCUGGGCGCCUUCGAGCAUCGACGGAUCAGCGUUGCGAUGCGAGCGAGCAAAGAGGCCAAGGCGCUGCGCGUGGCCAGCGUAGCCUUCCGGCUGGCGGAUGCGAUCGAACUCGUGCAGCCGCUGGUGAAAAGGGGGCGGCGGCUGAAUGCGACCAAGGAGCAGCGUGCGGCGGUGGUGUAUGGGCGCGAGCUGAGCUUGGCGGUGUCGGUGCAUGCGGCGCGCCCCACGCUCACCGCACGCAUCGUGCUCGCUCCCGGCCACAUGCUGCUCGGUGAGCUGGUGCGGCUCAAGGUGGUGUUCAAGAACGAGGGCGGCGCGCCGAUCGAGGACGUGCGUGCGCUGUGCGACCAACCGGAACUGGCGACCUUCCACGCCGAUGGCUUCAGCGCAGAGGAAACGACGAUGGUGAAUCACCUGGACCCGGCGGGUCCGGAGGAUGUGUUGGGCAACGGGCAGCUUCUGCCGGGCGAGGAGGUGGAGCGGUGGCUGGUGGUGCGGCCCAACAGAACGGGCGCGGUGAGCAUCGCAUGGCUGCUGCCGUUCUCGUCUGGCGAUGGCGAGACGUAUCUAUCGCGCCUGGCGCUCUCGACCAAGGUGUCUGCGGCGCUGCAGAUCAACGUCACCACGGAGCCGGAGCGCAGCACCAAAUGCGUGCACACCGUGACGAUCGAAGCGACCAACCGGCUGGGCAGCGACGAGAUCCGCGUGGCUGCACUGUCUCUGCUCGGUCCCGGCUGGAAGCUCGUCGGGUCGUCGGCGAUGCCGCAAAGUGUGGUGAUUGCGCCGCUGCAGGUGUGGCGCGAGCAGGUGUCGGUGGAAGCUGCAAGUGCCGAGGGGGAGAUGGACGAGUAUACGGCCACCAAGCUGCAGGAGGUGUUGCUGAGCCGAGACACGCGGCGUGCACGUGCGGCCGACGUGAAGCUACACCUCACCAGUCGCGCAUUUGCUCCCGAGUGCGAGGGGGUGAUGCUGGGUCUGCAUCGGGAGGCUCGCAAGGUGUGGCGUAGUCGGUGGCUUGGUGCUGCAUUCCCGACGCUGGCUGCCCGCGACCGGCGCGACGCCUUCACGCUGUGGGAGCCGCGCGACCUGGACGUCGUGGUGCACUUUACACUGCAGACGCGCGCCGAGAGCAGCGCCCGGUCCGGUCAGGUGGCGGUCUACGGGCUUCAACCGGGGCCAUUGCGCAGUCAGAUCCGGGCGAUCACGCAUCCUCGGCUGGAGGAGGGUGCAGGCAAGGCAGCGCAGGUGCGCAGUCUGUACGCCGAGACGAUCAAAGAGAAAGCUACGGUGCUGGCCAACAUCGUAGCGAGCCGACUCAACGCGGAGCAGAACCCCGCCGUGAUCCACCCCACGCUCGCUUCCACGGAGGACGACGAGGCGGAGAGGAGGUACCGCUUUGUGGUGCGCAACUUCUCAGACGCCUACGACGUCAAGGUCGCGAUCCAACUGCACGACGACGCGGACGCAGACGGAGCGAGGUGGACUGGCCGCAAGACGUUGCGAUGUGCCCUGGCGAGCGGGGCGGUGGCCGAGCUGGUUGCGACGCGCAGCGAGACGCAAGGCGUGCAUGGCGUGCGGUACGGCGUUGUCGCGGAGACCUACGGCGCCGACGGUGCGUUCAUCGCGCGCUACAGCGAGCAGCACUAG